CUUUUGCUACCUUAAUUUUCGUAAUUAGUGGUCGUUAAAUUAAGGCCUGAGAUUCCUUGGUUUGGUAUGAAAGUUAUAAUUUAUAUAAAUGGUCUUCCAUGCUGUUUUCAGUUUUCACGGAACAAGCCAGCAACAAUAUUAAGUGAUUGUGAUAGACUUUUAAUUUUUGUUGACAUGGUUUAAGCAUAGUCUGCAUAGACCUCGUUUUCAAACUGAAUAUUUGGGACCAGAAUGAGGAAUUAUAACUUACUUGGUAUUGUUACUUGGAGCUGUUUGUGAACUUGUUUGCUAAUUUGCCUUGUUCGUCUUUCUUUCCUGUUGAAAUAUAUUAGUUUUUCUCAUACACUAACCAAAUUAUUAUUGUUUUAGGAAGCUUUUUGUAUUGUGUUGUUUGAUAUCAUUGCAUGAGAAGAUUCUUGCUUGCCAUUUAUGGUUCCACUUUCGCUUUGUUGUGAUUGCAUCCUUCUGAAUAGAAUCCUGGCGAUGUUCAAUUCAUAUCACAAGCCGCCAGAGAACAAUAUACUUAGCUCUUUUCUUGUUUAUUCUCAGAGUCUGAAUGAUUGAUAGUGUGAGAAUACAAUUACUUUCCCCAUCAACUUUUAGCUUUUAAUUAUGUUAGUUUCUCUUGUCGAAUAUAGCAUUAGUUUGUUCUUUCUGAUUGCUGAAUCAGUUAUUCCAAAUUUAUGUUUUACAUUUACACAAUCUUGAGGGAUGGGCGAGUUGUGAUGAAUUCAAUUUCUGAAAUUUUCAGCAGCUUCGGCUGAGUUGUUUUCAUUGGGUUGGACUUACUAGUUUAUGCUUACUUUAUCUGUUUCUUGCAUGUGUUUGCAUAUACAUAGUUGUGGUCCUUGUGAUUGUUCUGUAAUCAAAAUAUUCAUGGUAGCUCUCCGUUGUUCCAGGUUUAUCUGCUGAUUUUGAAAGGUUACAGUUACAAUUCCAAAGCAAAUAUUAAGUAGAAGCUUACCAAGAUUGCAGUUUUUUUUAUUUCCUAGAGGUUGGUAGAUAUAGCGAAGGUUAUGCCGUCGUUAUAGCAUGGACUCAUCACAUCUUCUCGGUUACAGUGUGACUAAUUCUAGCUUACUCAGCAAAUCAUCUUUUCCAACUACACCUCCGUUAUCCCACCUGCUACUUGGACCUUUGAAUGAAUCAGCAGUUAGUUGAAGUUACGCGUGCAGAGAAACGUCACAAAUCAAUGGAGGAAGCGUCGCUACAAAGCAUUCCAUCGAGCUAUUUGAAACAAUUGCUCAUUUUAUGCGCCAAAGCAAUGUCUGAAAACAAGAUGAAAGAUUUUGAUCAAUUGAUAGACAAGGCUAGAAGUGCUGUGUCUAUCAGCGGGGAGCCAAUUCAGCGGCUCGGUGCUUAUUUAGUGGAAGGGCUUGUUGCAAGGAAGGAGAAAUCGGGUAACAACAUCUAUCAUGCUCUUAGGUGCAAGCAGCCUGCAGGUACAGAGCUACUAUCAUACAUGCAGAUGUUGUAUGAAAUUUGUCCAUACUUCAAGUUUGGUUACAUGGCUGCCAAUGGAGCUAUUGCUGAAGCAUGCCGAAAUGAGGAUCGAAUUCACAUCAUAGAUUUUCAGAUUGCACAGGGAACUCAAUGGACGACUCUCCUUCAAGCUCUUGCAGCAAGGCCUAGUGGGGCUCCACAUGUGCGGAUCACCGGGAUUGAUGAUCCUGUUUCUAAAUAUGCUCGAGGAGAGGAAUUGGAGGCAGUUGGUGAAAGUUUGUCGAAAAUAUCUAAGAAAUUUGACAUUGAGGUUGAGUUUCAUGGAAUUCCUGUCUUUGCCCCAGAUGUAACCAGGGAUAUGCUUGAUGUCCGGCCUGGAGAGGCCUUGGCCGUUAACUUUCCUCUUCAACUCCAUCAUACGGCCGAUGAGAGUGUCGAUGUGACUAAUCCAAGGGACGGACUUCUGAGAUUGGUUAAGUCUCUUUCUCCUAAGGUAACCACAUUGGUGGAGCAGGAAUCGAACACAAACACGACGCAUUUCUUCAACAGGUUCAUAGAAACACUUGAUUACUACUUGGCCAUGUUCGAGUCCAUCGAUGUUGCCCUCCCAAGAACGAGCAAGGAGCGGAUCAACGUGGAACAACAUUGUUUAGCUCGAGAUAUUGUGAACAUUGUUUCUUGUGAAGGGAAGGAAAGGGUGGAGCGGCAUGAACUGUUUGGUAAGUGGAGGUCUAGGUUCACAAUGGCAGGUUUUGCUCAAUAUCCUUUGAGCUCUUAUGUGAAUUCCAUUAUAAGAAACCUCUUGAAUCGCUAUUCGGAGAAUUAUAGUCUGGUGGAGAAGGAUGGAGCCAUGCUGUUGGCAUGGAAGAACAGAAAUUUGAUAUCAGCUUCAGCCUGGUAUUAAUAGACAUCCAGAUAGAAAAUAAUGUAGUGGUAGAAAAAUCAUGGUGAUAGUGAUAGGAUAGGAAAACGCAUAAGGCUUGAGGUUAUUAUAGCUGACCAAGGUUUGUGUAGAUUUACACUUCCAUAUGCUCUUCUCAGUGUUUCAUACGUUAUUUGUUAGAUUUGUGUAUUCUUAUGCUCUAGUCUUGCGUGAAUAGUAUACUAAUUCUCUUGUAACAUGUUUUAGGCAUGCGUCGAUAGUUUUUGGUCUACGAAUGUUAAGCUUGUGUCUGAACUUUGGUCCUUGGCUUCUUGUGCAAUUUAUACGAACUCAGAAAUUUUGAAUUCCCUCAAUACUGUGUCCUUAUGAAAAAGGCAUAAUCUUAUUGUGAGCGUAAAGCCGUAAAGACAAAAAAGCCAAAGAGUGACAAAAGGCAAGUGGGAUAGGUUUUAGAAAAAGUCAUUUUCACAAAGUUUAGUUGAGUAUUUGUUUCGAAAGUAUGUGUUGAGUUGGGUUCAUUAGGUUCUGAUUUCUCUAAUUUUGGCUUAACACAGAGGUGAUUUAUGCUUGGUUUGAGUUUAGGAGUUAAGAGUUUGGUUUAAAUUCUUGGGUAGAGAAUGAAUUGAGUUAAACUCUAAAGUAGUCCUGAGUUUUGUAAAAAGUUUUUCAUUUCUAAUAAUCAUCUAGACAAAUUAAUUUU